AUGGUCGGGGCUCGGAGCACAAAGCGGGCACUGUCCCCAACUCGCCCUAUCUCCCCACCGCCGCUGAAGAGAAAGGUCGAAUCGUCCAUGACAAAAAAAACUGUGUCCUCAUUCUUCACACCGACGUCACAGAAACAGCCCGAGCAAAUCACCUGGAGGAUUGUGAACAACAGUCUGGUGAUUGGGAAAUAUGUUAAAGACCCAGGUCAUAAACAACCUCUGGAAAAGCCAAGGAUUGCUGCUUUUGAUUUCGAUUCCACCUUAGUUUCGACCGCUUCUGGGAACACGUUCCCAAGGAACGCGUCGGAUUGGAAGUGGUGGCAUGCUUCUGUGCCUUCUCGUCUCAAAGAGUUGGACGCGGAUGGAUACAAAGUUGUUAUCGUGUCGAAUCAGAAAAAGAUUAGCCUACAAAAGGAGGUGAAAGGAGGGCGAAGUGAUUCUAAAAGCCUUACGAACUUCAAGGAAAGAGUGGCAGCCGUCAUGAAACAGCUGGAUAUUCCUCUAUGUGUCUACGCUGCCACUCAAGAUGACGAGUACCGGAAGCCAAGGCCUGGAAUGUGGAAGGAGUUCUUAGAUGACUAUGACUUUGACGUGAGUGGAGUAGACUUGUCGGAGUCAGUCUUUGUUGGAGAUGCAGCUGGACGGCCUAGAGACCAUUCCCAGGUCGACCGAGGAUUUGCUGCGAACAUCGGGGUUCCAUUCAAGACGCCUGAGGAGUUUUUCCUAAAUGCUGCCCCGGAGCCACUCGUGGAACCAUUCAACCCUCAUUUAUAUCUGCAGUCUGACCCAGCGGAUAAAGUGGACGCAGAAUUUUCGCAUCAAAGCCCUCUUGAACUGAUAAUCCUCUGCGGUAGCCCUGGAGCGGGUAAAUCAACCUUUUACUGGGAUUACUUGGAACCAUUGGGAUAUGAACGAGUGAACCAGGAUAUCUUGAAGACGCGACCAAAAUGCAUCAAAGUGGCUAAGGAACACCUUGCAGCCAAAAAGUCCGUAGUAGUUGACCCGGAAACCCGAUCUCACUGGGUCGAGGUAGCAAAGGAAUAUCAGGUUCCUAUUCGUUGCGUAUAUUUCUCUGCGUCGCCGGAUCUUUGUCGGCAUAACAAUGCUGUCCGUGCUGCAAAUCAAGACCUGAAUCCGGAGUCUCGUUCCUUACUCCCGGGAGUCGCUUUUGGUGACUUUCUCCGCCGAUUUAAAGCGCCUUCCUUGUCCGAGGGGUUCGACGAUAUCGUUCGUGUCGACUUCCGUUUUCGAGGGAACCCCGAUGCAAAACGAAUCUGGAGCCAGUAUUGGAUUUGA